AUGCAGCUAGAAAAGAAGUUGGCGGGGAUGCUAGGUGUCCUCCUGGUCUGCGUGGUGGCCAUCGCUACUGGUGUGGCGGCCGACGACAUCUGCCCGGAGGACGGUCGUCAGUACCGCAUCGCACCGGGCGACAUGUCGUACGGCUAUGUGAGUGUCCCCAGCGGCUCCACGUGUCCAACGAAUGCGGCCUCUCUGGCCGUUGUGGGACCACCAGCUCCGUCCAAUCUGCUGCUGCUGACCGGCGGCUGGCAGUACCUCUUUGGCGCAGCUUCUGACGGUCCGCUCCCCGCGAUAGUGAACUUCACACUCAGCGCCCGCUGUGGCGAGGUGGAGAUCUGCCGCGCCAAUAUACACUACGAGAUCGACCCUAAUGCUCCACCGAAUGAACCUGUGCCGCAAGACCCGAACGCCAACAACACGGCACCGCCUACAACCACAACAACUGCGGCGCCGAGGUAUCCGCCGUGUGCAGUGUCCCCAUCGGAGUACCAGAUGGUGCUGCCGCCUGGCAAGACACAGGUCGGCACACUUCCAACUACGACCGUGCAAGUGUCAUGCCCGAGCGGCUACACGGCAUCCAUCACACAGCCAAGUAUUGGAUCUGCCGCGCUCCUUGGCCCGAACUCUCUGCAGUUUGUGUAUUCAUCGCCCAAUCAGGACAUUGAGGCGAACGUAACGCUCCCCUAUGAGGUGAUGUGCACUGGCAGUGUGGUCUGUGGUGGUGCGAUGCAGAUUCGGCUCCAUGAGGACGUUCCGCAGUGCCCGAAGAAUGAACUGGUGUACAUAGUGGCACCAGGAGCUCAGCUGAACGCGACACUCGUCCCCGGAGCCUCAUGUAACGGCCAUUUGGAGGGAAGUGUUCGAUCAGAGAGUGUGGAGGAUAGGUUUGCAUUUCAUGGUGGAACAUCCUUUACAUUUGAUGCUCCUGAAAAGGAAGAAGAUGUAAUCGUGGGUCUUCGCUUCUACUGUGAUGAUGAGAGUCUCUGUGACACCAAGGUUGGGUUCGUUGUCACCAACGAGACUCGGCCCACCACGACGAAACCGCCAGAGCCAGAGACUACGCCGAGUCCGGCCACCCCUCCUGUUGAAAAGUGUGAUGAGCAGUUCACCUUCGUUGUUCCGACAGGGAAACAGCUGCGCGGCACAUUGCAUGUAGAUCUCCAGAAUUGUACUCUCGUCACGUAUCAUUAUCCGCGAGGAUCCUCAUCAAGGGACUUUCAGGUGAACAUCAUCGGCGACUUUCUCUACGUGGCCCCGACGGAGGAGAGUAUUGAUGUGUUGUCUGUUGACGUCUCAUGUAUCACAAAAUUCUAUUGCCGCACUCAGGUUGUCAUCACAUCCUACGAUGACAUGAUGAGCACACCGUCUCCCACCUCGCCACCGCCCACCAUCCCGCCUGUUCCUUCGUGCGCCAACGUAUACUACUACCAGACAGCACCCGGUGUCGCCCUCAGCAAUUCUCUCAACGGCAUGCCGGGGCAAGACCCAUGCGUGUACGGGCGAUACUUUUCCCUGAUCAAUCCGCCCAAAGAAGGUACACUAGAGAUGACACCUAUUGGUGACUUUUUGUACCGUCCACCGAUGUACGAGGGGCCUGGUAGCUUUUCUUUCAGCAUGUAUUGUCUAAAUAAGCUGUACUGUCAAGGUAAUGCGUAUAUCCUUGUGAGCACGGAAUGGACACUACCUCCCGGGAGCAGUGGGCAAGGACCCAAUCCCUCUUCGCCGCCACCUGUAAGCAAUAUCACAAACCCGCAGAUUAAAUGCCGUGGAACGUGUAAUGAACGGGCAUGGAUGACAACACCCAAGGUGGCCCUCUGGGACAACACACCGGGAAGAGGCUAUGCACGGGGUGAUGGUCACGCUGUGGAUGGCAUUCAAGUGGCUUGGGCAAAUAAUUCUAUCAUCAUCACCGUCUACACCAUUAUCGGAAAUCUUGGAGUGCGAUUCCCGACAUUUGAGCCGUUUGACCGUAUGACUGGAAAAUUCUUUGAACCAGGUGACUUCAAAGGGGUGGCUGAAGCGUCGUCUCUAGGGUUUGAACUGAGCUGCUUGGCUAAUCAGGGCAAAAUAGGUAUGGGAGAAGAUGUGUGGCGCUGGAAGACACUUUCAAAUGGCACCGGUACCGGAUCAGUCGGUGCAUUGUACAAGAAGGGGACGUCGUGGUACCAGAAGUUCGGUGGAAAACAUAUUGGAUGUGAUACAUUCAUGGAUUCCUGCCAUUACGCCCCAUUACUUACUCCCGCCGUACCGAAGACAGGAGCGGUUGGUCAGUGGGAAAUAGAAAUUGAUGACUGCGAUGCCACGUGGACAGGGACAUUUCCCUACGCCUCAUUGGAGGAGCUGAAGAAGUCAGACGGAAGCCCUGUCUGGUAUUUUGUUGGGGACAGACAAAUAAAGGGUACAAUUAUAUCUGAAUGUGUAAGGCCAAACUCAUGGAUUGAACCAGCACGCAGCUUUGAUAGUCACUACGAGGCACAUGAUGUUAUAUUUGAUCUUCAUCACUUUAUUGUAGUGAACAAACAAGCUACAGUGCCGUUCUCUAUCGACUCUGAGUUCUUUGAAUAUACAGAGAAUGGAGAUCGUGCCUUUGGUGUCAAUCUCCUCUUGCACCCGUACGUCACAGACAAUAUGGAGACGAGUUAUUCGGAGGAUCGUCACGUUUCUGGAUUUAAGUGGAUUACGCAGGAUUGGAUUGCCCCCGGCACGGAGCAGUGUCCGACGUGCAAAGGGAAUAAGACACAUUGUUCGGCGGAGGGCAAAUACGCCACUUCCACUUACACUGGUGAGUUCCCACCAGGUGAUUGCCCACAAGGGGUCGGCCGCAUCGAAUUGAGUAAAGGUCCGGCCAUGGAUACGAUGUGCCCAACCAACCUGAUGCAUGUGUACAACCGCUCUGGCUUCUCAACGCCGUCGGGGUGCGCCACAUGGUUCCAGAACCUCACCAUUCGUGGUGUCGCCAUCGGCAGUGCGGAUCUUCCUGAUGCGUUAAAACGAGCAUUCAACUACGAGGGACGUGUGGUAUUGCAGCUCUUGAUGACCGAUGGGACGAAGCAUGAUGUUACGAUGGAUCUCUCCAUGUACGUGACACGCUUGUCACAAGACUCGUAUGCUGCGGCAGGUGGGUUACGUGUGUGUCGCGGCUCUGACUACUGGCCCGUCUUGGACCCCCUCGGCACUUCCCUUCCCGACACUCCAUUUGAGCUCAGCAUCGCCUCUCCUAAGCCCCUCUGCAUCGACACCCUCAGUUCAACAUUUGGUCCAAGUGGGUGGGCCACUGUGUACCUGCAGCUCCCGGGGGUAAACGCGUCACAAGUGAAUGUGCAUUCCGUUGUGGUGCGCUACAACGGCACCAGUGUGUACCUGCUGUACCAAGACCCAGCCACUGGGGUUGCGGCGAUACCACCCAAGGCGGCGGGCUACUGGUGGCAGUACACGCAUCCCUUCCUGAGCUUCCGUGAUUUGACAAAUAGGGUGGCGAAUGGCACCAUAACAACAGGGCCUUCAGUAGGCCCAGUGGAAGUGGCUGAUGUACCAUUCGCUUUUACCUUCAUCCCUGGCGCUAUUAACAUUGCCACAAACAUGGAGGUGAUAGUACAGGCCACCAUCACGACAGAUAUCGUGAGCACGAGCACAUUCUGCCGCAUGGUGCACGUGGACCCGAUGAUGACGCACCGUAGCCGCUACGGACCGCCACCCAAAAUAACGGAGACGACGAACGCGAACAAAGAAGAAGCGCUGGCGAUGGGUGCUAUUGCGGGUGUCGCAAUUGCAGUAACCAUCACAGGCGUUCUGUAUGCGACAAUGGACAACAAUAGGCCAUUGCCAAAAUGGGUGCCACGUGGUAAACUUAUCAAAAACACAGUGCUUGCUGCUGUGCCAGCUGGACUUCGACCCGCUAAAAAAGAAAAGCGUGUUGUCCACAAGGAUAUGUAUGAUGCCAUGAAAUCGGGUAAGUAUUGA